CGAUGCUGAUUUUCUACAUGUAGCUUGUAAACAAAUUAAAGUUCUCUGAUUUAAUGUAGCGACUGGGAUUGAGGAGUUUCGAGUUUAAACAACCAGGGUAAUCGAAUGGCGCAGGUGAACAGUUUCUUAUUUCUGCUAAAACCAAUUUAACUAAAAUCUGACAUACAAUCGAACUCAAUGGUAAUAAUUAUUGAAAUUCUUAAGGGAAGUUACAUAUACAUAAUUUUAUAUAUAAUGUAUCUGACCUACAAUCGAACUUAGUGGUUAUUGAAAAGCCUUAAGGGGAGUUAUGUGAACAAGAUACCUAAUAUUUUCUACUUACCUAUAACAUAGUAUAUCAAUCUCACUUGACACUUCGUUGUCACUACAUAUACCCAUCGCAAACGAGGGUUUUAUGAUUAACUAAUCCGGAGACAUAAGACCUGAUGAAGUAUGUAAUGAUAUCCACUGUGAUUUCAUUCAUGAUAAUGUAUACUGUUGCCAUGACAACAAACAACCGAGUCCUUCUGAGUGGAGUGCUGGUUGGUUCGGCUCUUGCUGCAUCAUACUAUGGGGACUACAACUUUAGUCCACUAGAGUUGGUAACAUUGACGACUGUUGUUCUUGUUUUGAACUUUCCCAGAAAAGUAUCCCCAGAAUCCUGCACGGCACCGGGGUAUAGGGCUGACCCCGUGUUGGGAUGCUAUCGUCUGUACACUGAACGUGAGAGCAAUACUGGCGCCAGACAACAGUGUGCUAAUGAUGGAGGACGGCUUCUGUUAAUGAACUCCGAAGCUGAGUAUGAAAGAUUGAAAUCCUUAAUGGUUCAAAAUUCGCUCUUCGCCAUUUAUAUUCAGGGAUCGAGAAGUUCCGUUUCCUCGCCAUGGUUAACUGACAAUGGCGACCCUCUUCCUUACCUAGGCCCAAAUUAUAUAGAGUUUACUUCACCUACGGCAUUAGCAUUUGAAAUAUCUGCACAAGGAGAGACUAGCGGAGAAGCAAUAACAUUUCCAAACCCUUUUAUUUGUGAAAUUUGAUUUUCCAAACAACAAAGAGAAAUUA